AUGAAAGCCAUUAUCGACGGUUUGUUUCCGCAGCAUGAAACAAUGCCCUGGCCAAGCCCACUGAACGGCGAGGAGGCGGAGCACGUAGAGGAAGCUCGAGUCACCAACGAGGAGCUAAUCGAGCUGGCGAAGGCCAUGAAGGGAAAGAAGGCCCCAGGACCAGACGGAAUUCCGAACCUGGCUUUGAAAGUAGCGAUCAUGGAGAAUCUAGAUAUGUUUAGGACCACACUGCAGAAAUGCGUUGACGAAGGUAACUUUCCCGAUACCUGGAAGCGGCAGAAGCUGGUGUUACUGUCGAAGCCGGGAAAACCCUCCGGUGAUCCCUUAGCGUAUAGGCCUAUAUGCCUAUUGGAUACGGUUGGCAAGCUGCUAGAGAGAGUAAUCCAAACUGUGGUCUGUGGUCUGUCCCACAAUUCCAAGCAAGCCAUGCCAAAUUUAUCCGUUUUUUCAUUCGCUAAUUUUUGCAAACAACAAACGUCACGUGAACCACGAGGAAUGGCUCAGGAACCAACCUCCAAGCAAAAUUCCCUCCAGCUGGAGGGUGACAUUCUGCGGUCACACGAAGAGCAAAUCCAGCUACAUUUGAGUGUGGAAAGUGCCGUGGAAAAUACCCGCAACCGGCUGGAAGCACAAAUCGGCGAAAGUGGUGAUAACAUGUUCUCCCUGCUGAUGAGACUUGUCAAGCGGCUGCUGCUAGCGGACAAAUCCGCCGACGCCGUCGAUCGAUUCGAGGAGUACUGCCGGUUGGUUAAAGAGGAGCAAUUUCUUCUACCGGAACACACGCUUAGGGAGGUGAAACCGGAUGCCGACCGGUACCGUCGGGCUGCGUUUUCCCGGGAAAUUAUUCGGCAAUUGCGUCUGCCACGGCAGACGGAUGGUAAUUUUGUAACGACCGUGCAACCUGGAAUCGUACAACAAGCCGUGUUUUGGUCACAAAUCGGAUAUGCACUGCCACCUUCGGUGGACUAUUUCAUCGAACGCCAGAUGGGGUGCAUUCGAACUGACCAAUCGAAGCCGUUUCGACGGGUUAACUUCUGGGGUGUUGUCUAUACGCUCGGUGGAAGCUACUAUGUCAUACAACUGGAACGGGACGGCCUGGAGGCCUGCGAGUUGGAGUAUCAACUGUCGCAAGAAAAGUGCCAAAUAGCGCGGGACGUCCUGGACGGGUUGCUGCGAGCUUGCGUGUCCGACGAUAGCAUAGUGUCCGAUUGGUGCGGGGCCGAGUCCAUGGCAGCCGAUUUACUGGAGGAAAUUCUGCAGGCUGCCAUCCCACCAAACACAGAUGAAGAUUUGGCAACGGCUGUGGCCGUCCCGGUGAUGGAAGCCAUCAUCCAGGAGGCAGUUGACGCCGCCCAGGAACCGGAGGUGGAGCUGAGCGUGAUGGGUAGCUUAGAUGUGGUGUCUUGCAGUGCAACGGUGGAGGCUGACGGGUCGUCGGAUCUUAGCUUGGAUGAGGUGAAGUUUGCCACUGCAAAGGCCCUUUUGGAGGUGAAGUUGAAUGUGUUGCGGUACUUUGUUUGUCGGGAUCCGUUCACGGGGGAUAAAUGGACGGAGUUACCCGGCGUUGAUUUGGAGAAAAUCGUGGCUUCACGACAGGUGAGAAAGUAUUUCCGAGGGGAUUUGGAAGCUCCAACCGGGGCCGAUGGUGGACGGUUGUUGAAACAGGAGAAGGACUACUUGAGAGCCGUUUUGGCCAGAAUUACGAUGGAUCAGCGUGUCGGUCGGGUGGGUUGCUCGGAGAGUGGUGGUGGAUUGUUUACCGACCGGGACGUCAAUGUUUUCUAUAAAGCGACCGGAUUUUCACACGAUUGGAGAGGGAAAGAGUUCCCCGCCGGACAACCAAUGCCGAGAACAAUUUGGCGAAAAUCCAUCCUAUGGCCUGGUUCAUUUACCUACGACUCGGAACAAAUCUACUUUGGUUGGGGGAUGGAAAAUGACGAAGAGUAA